GACCUCUUCUCUCCCAUCUCGGUCCUUGUCCCUCAUCGCCCCGCCGAAAAGAAGGUCGUCAUAUUUUACUUCGGAGACCGGAACAACGGAUUUUCCGCCGCUCUUGGCUUCUCGCCCAACGCCCUCAUGUGGUGCCUCUAGAAGUCGCGCGCCUCGCCUUCACUGGCAUUCCCGCGUUCCCCAGUCCAAAAAGAACUUGUUCUGUCGCAUUGCGUCUGGCAACCAACAUUCAACCACCACCCUGUCCAGCGCGUCGACAUACUCCAGCGCUCCCCUAGAUGGGAGUAGAAAGCUUUGGAGCCUCCUGACAACUCUCUCCUGGUCUCCAGGGCCUCCUCGCCUCGCGCGCCGCCCCUUCCAUCAUGCCGCGAAAACGUACCAGAGAUGAGAUGGAGGUCUCAGAAGUCGAAGAGAAGAAACAAGAACCGUCUCUACUCCAGAGGAUACGGAAUAUGUGGGAGUUUGCCUCUGUCAUGCAGUUCAUCUUUUUCUUUGGCAAGGUUAUCAAGAUCGACGAAGACUUUGACAUCGAGGAUUUUGAGAGCGAGUGUCUGAAGCCGGGCUACUCGGAAAAAUUGGAGGAAAUCGGUCUCAGCCUUCUCAAAUGGAUCUCGUCUCACAGGGGUCUAAAUUACGACAUCUGGGAUGAAUACACUCGCCGGCAGUACCUGGCCAAGGCUCCCCAUCUGAACCCUUAUGGUGAUGCGGAAGAGCCUAAGCGGUUUCGAGAUUUCGACAUUUUCACAAAGAUUAGAAUCCUCCACCAGCUCACAAUAUGGACGUUUUGGAACCCCGACCGUAUCAGGGAAAAGAUGACGGAGCAUCCGCGCGAGGUUGAUCAGACUGAAUGGCGCAUUGAAGAGUUUGGCUACGACCGCCAUGACCGCCAAUACUACCUGCUCGACGACAACCGCUUCUAUCGACGGACCGAACCUCCGUUGCCCCAAACUCCAAAAGCAAAACCGAAAGCAAACUCCAAGAAAGCCAUCGCUGCCAGACGACGCGAGAGCAAACGGAGAAAGCUAGAAGCCGAAGCUGCCGCCGCAGCCGCAGUCAGCGAUGCCGAAGAAGAGAAUGAGGAAAACACCGAAGAGACAGAAAUUGCUGAAGAGGAGAACAUGCCUGAACCCUGGGAAAUCGACACGUUCAGCGGAUUCAAGUGGGAAUGCCUGUGCAUCACCCUUGGCGAUUACCAGGGACUAUGUGAAUCGUUGAAGAAAUCAAAGGACCCCAAUGAAAAAGCUCUACGAGAACGCCUGAUAGAGGAGGUCAUACCUAUCAUUGAAGCCGCCGAAGAGAAACAACGUCGCAAGAUAGAGCGCCGCGAGAGGGAACUACUCAUGAUGGAGAGAAUGGUCGGCGCCAAGCGAUCUAGUCGUUUAGCAGACAAGCAGGAACGGGAAAAGAGAGAAGCCGAACAAGCUGAGGCCGAGAAGAAGAGACAAGCUGACUUGGCCACGGCCCGUCGUGAGCAGGAGAGACAAGAGAAGAUGGAGCAAGAAAGACAAUACCGCAUGAUGACCCGAGAACAACGAAUCAAGGAUCGAGAACUCAAGCGACUGCUCAAAGAAGAGGAGCUCGCUAGAGAUGAGCUCGAACAGAAGCGCAUUGAGGAAGGCGAAGCUAGAGGUUCUGAUCGAGCUCUGAAGCAACGAAUGGAGCGGAAUAAGAAGGAGCUGGAGGAGCUCGAGGCUGAUGAGGACUGGACCUUUGACUGCUCCGGUUGCGGCAAGUACGGCAAGAAUUUUGACGAUGGCUCUCACAGUAUUUCGUGUGAGAGAUGCAACGUCUGGCAGCACAGCAAAUGCCUGGGCAUCCCCAAAUCUGCAGCGGAAAAGGAUGAUUUCCACUUCAUCUGUAAGGAUUGCAGACGUAAAGAAGAAGAUGCGAAGAAGCCCAAGAUUUCUCUCAAGUUCCGUGUCGGCACAUCAUCUUCGCCUGUCCCACCAAGUCCUGUUCCUUCCACCAAGGUCGUCGCGGUUGAGGUCCCCACGCAAUCCACUGCUCGAUCGCCCAGUCAAGGUGAAAUCACCAAUGGACAUCAACAUUCACCGCCAAACCAAUUGUCCAGUCCCUCUCGACCUAUUCAGUUCGCGCAGAUGAAUGGCGUCCAUCCGCAGCAACGUCUCGGCCCAACUCAGCACCAGCCGACGUCAACGAGCCCUCGACAACAGGGCUACACCGUCCGUCCCAUACAGCCUUAUCCUCCAGGAAUCAGCAAUGGCGCGGCUAGAAGCCCACCACCUCAAGGUCAAGGGAACUAUUCAUUCUUUUACAAUGGAACUCAAUACCCAUACCAAAACUCUGCAGGCCAAAGGCCAUUGGCGCCCUCGCCUAUCCCCAAACACCCACCACAAGACUCCGGCGCACAAACAAUGUCGAACAGUGGACGUCUCCCUUCUCCUGUGAUCAAUCGUCCCACGAUCUCGCCUACACAGGGAAAUAUGGACGUCGGCCCUGUGGCAGGGAUUCCUCAGAAGUCAGCCCAAUUCCAUCAACCGGGCGCAAAUGGCGUCUACAGCCCUGCCAACAGUACAUCCUCAAAGUUCCAGGGCACACCUCGCCCGCCUGCACAACAUCAAGCCCAACCUGCCCAGACACCCGUUUCUAGAGCUCCAACGUACCCGCUCUCGGGUCUUUCGCCGAAGAAGCAACAAACUCCUGGCCCCAUCCAACCAGUCCCAGGCGGCAGUCCUCUGAAUUCGAACCCGGCAUCAUCCUCACCAACAUCAACGUCAUUACAGCCGACGAUGUCUCCAGCCGGCAAUAUCGGUAUUAAUAUUCUCUCUCCUGCUCCACACCCUGUUGAAAAGCGCAUCGUCAGCGGGACGCCUAUUCUUCCACCCAUUGAGAAUCUCCGACCAAGCCCAGAGCAGUUGAGGAAUAUGAGUUCUACAGAACCAGUGCCCACCCCGAGUAAACAGUCCCAACCCCAGGGCCAAUCCCGCAGUCCAGCCCAGAUCCCAGGUCCGCCCAAAGUUGAGCUUCAGCUGGGGAAGCAAACCCAUACCGAAGGUAGUGGAGUUGAUGGUCCUGCGGUGCCGACGAGUGACAAGAACGGACCGAAGACAAUGGAAGGAAGUUUACAUACGAAUGCAACUCCCGGAGCCAAACAGGGACAGUCAACGGACAAUGCCCCAGCCCCAAGAGACGUCGAGAUGCAGGAUGUAAAGUGAAAAAGCGUUUGGAUGUCUUUAAUUCCGCGCAUUCUUGUGCGUCUUGGAAGGAUACGAAACGUCGUUGAAGGCCGGCGGAUUUUGUAUCAGUAUCGGCAGAGCAAUCUCGUUUGGACAACACAUGCUCUGGAGCUCUCGCCUCGCUGGAAGGCGGGUUUAUGGUUGGAGCGUGCCCUCCACGCGGACUCAGUCCAUGUAUGUACACUUGAACGAAACGAAGACAGAUGACAACGAGGAUGAAGGUUAGGGCAAAGGGCACAGGCUGCUUUGCUUUGUGGUGCUUUGCGAUGCUGCCUUGUAGCUUGAAUGGAAAAAAAAAAACAACGCACAGAUGCUGAAUCCCGUUCUUGGUCCCCCCCUGGUGAUCCAUCUCCCUCCCACAGUUCCCAAGUCGUGGGCUCGCCGUCUCUGUCGGGACGACCAUCGGCUCCUCCGUCGCCAAGGGGGAUGAUACAUGCUCUCUCUCCGUCUCCAUCGCAUCACCCUGCGGCGCGCCUGUGCAAACCCCAUGGACGUCAAAGGCGUGGAUCUAUCUACUGUGGAUGCACAGCCCCCUCCUAACCGUCGUCACCGCUUCUCGUACCGAAUCCGCCAUCCCGGCCUCAAGAAUGUCGAGAGUGUGGCAAUACACCGCACCACAGCACACCGCACCACCUUCCAGCCCAGCAGUCUUCAUCAAGUGCGGAAUCCUGGAUAUCUGAAUGGGAGGAUAGGACUUCACGAUCCCCUCAACUCUCUCGGUUGAUUUCCUUGACCAAGCACACACGGAG